GCUUCACAGCUGUUUUGGCGGCACGAGCCUGAACAUGUUCACUGGAGCGAGAUCAUGACUUUGCUCAACGAGUCAGACGAGGCCUCCUCUCCCACCUUCCCUCUCUCCUCCUUUGAGCAUAAUUUCUCUGCCUUUGUCACCAGUGACCCCUCAUACUCCCCCGUGUCCUUCCCCACCUCCUCCUCCUCCUCCUCCUCCUCCUUGCUGACAUCAUCCAACUGCACCAACUCUCCCUCGACCUCCUCCCCUCCGUACAACUUCUACGCAGUGCUGCUGGUCCUCCUGAUCUUCUGCGUGGUUUUCGGUAACGUGCUGGUGUGCGUGGCGGUGUCUCGGGAACGCGCUCUGCAGACCACCACCAACUACCUCAUCGUCUCAUUGGCCGUGUCCGACCUGCUGCUGGCGACGCUCGUCAUGCCCUGGGUGGUCUACCUGGAGGUGGUGGGGGAGUGGCGCUUCAGUCUCAUCCACUGCGACAUCCUGCUCACCCUGGACGUCAUGAUGUGCACCGCCAGCAUCCUCAACCUCUGCGCCAUCAGCAUCGACAGGUACACGGCGGUGGCCAUGCCGCUGCUCUACAACACCAGAUACAGCUCCAGGAGGAGGGUGGCGGUGAUGAUUGCUGUGGUGUGGUUCCUCUCUUUCGCCAUCUCCUGCCCUUUACUGUUUGGGCUGAACAACACUGCGAACCGUAAAGGCACCACAUGCAGCUUUGCGGACCCGGCCUUCGUGGUGUAUUCAUCGGUGGCGUCCUUCUACGUUCCUUUCAUCGUAACUCUGCUGGUGUACGCGCAGAUUUGCGUGGUGCUGCGCAAACGAGGCAGACGCACCGCACCGCCGCGACGACACGGUCUGCUCACACAAGGCGAGGCCGAGGCGGGAGAAGGACAGCGACACCGGAAGAAUAAGUGUACACAACCAGAAGAUGUAAAGUUGUGCACAAUGAUCCUGAGGCCUGCCACGGCGGCCCCGCAACGCAAGAAAGUGACCCUGGUGAAGGAGGCGGUGGUUCACCCCCUGGAAGUGGAGCCGGGUCAGUUCCUGCCUCGGACCGAGCAGAGCCUGGCUCCUCCCCCUGCUCCCCAGACCUCCUCCUCCCACACGGGACGGGCCCGCAUCUCCCUGUCCAUCUCAGUCGGACCCGCCCCUGCCCUCCCCUCAACCGUGACGCGAUCGGGCCUGACGCCGCGUCCUCCCACCCUCGAGGACGGCAUGAGGGGCCGCGAGGGGUGGAGGGAGCGCAGCGGAGGCAGAGAGAAAUGGUGCAUCACCAAGGAGAGGGUGAGAGGAAGGCUGUCGCAGCAGAAGGAGCGGAAGGCGACGCAGAUGCUCGCGAUCGUGCUCGGUGUGUUCAUCAUCUGCUGGCUGCCUUUCUUCCUGACCCACGUGCUGAAGGCCCACUGCAGGAGCUGCUGCAUCUCGCCGUCGCUGUACAGCGCCGUUACCUGGCUGGGAUACCUCAACAGCGCCGUCAACCCCGUCAUCUACACCACUUUCAACAUUGAGUUUCGCAAAGCCUUCAUCAAGAUCCUGCACUGCUAG